AAUUCAUAAGUCGGUCGGAAGUUCAGAAAGAUGCCUCGCACCCGAAUUGUGUCGCGUCAGGCGAAGCGCGAGAAAGCCGACCAAGAGGAGAAGGUACGCCUAACUCAAAUCAAGAUCGAUGCCGUUCUGGAGCAGGUCGAUGAGCUUGAGAAGCGCGCCAAGAAUCAGGUUUACACUCAAAUCAAGCUCAUCCACGCCCGGACUGACAAUCAUUUUCUUGAGAUGAAAAUGUCGGAGUUUUUGAAUCUGAAGCUGAAAUAUUUCACCGACUACAAGUGGAAGGUUCCCGAGCCACCAACCAGCCGAGCACGCAGCAGCUCGAUCAGCACCGCUCGCGGACGUUCGCGUACUCCCCAGACCUCCCUUCUGCCGCGCUCACUCAUACAAUCGAUGGACAGGGGUAAUUUUAACCGUGGAAGAACCCCACAGAAAGUGCCACCCAUGCCUUUUUUACGUUUUCCACGCGCCGGAGAGUUGGUGUUGUCCAGUGGAGGCAGCCCGCUGGCUGUUCAGACUGAUCGGCGGGAGGACUGUGCCGACGUACACAUACCCACCAAAAAGGGCGUGUUCAUGGUAAAACCUCUUAAAAUGAAGCAGGUGAACCGUGAGGUGCUCAUGCAACUGGACGCGAAUGUACUGAACCAAGUGAAGACUUUGAAGAGUAAUCUAGAAGUAAUUGUGGACAUGGCCACCAAAAUGGGCAAGAUGUAGUGUACGCCCUGCCCUGGACCGCUACUUUGGACGAGCUUACAACCAGUAAUACCCGACAAAGAUGUACAAAAUGGAUUACUCAUAUGGAACAAAUGGCAAACUUAAGUUUGCUUGCUAAACUCGACUUUGAUCUUGCCACGAACCACGCCUUAUCCAACCCAAUCAACCAAUCCUCCAAUCAACAAUGCCUUCUGCUGCUCCAUCCCAACUAACUUUUUUCGUUUCAUUUUGUAUCCUCUACAGAAUGAUGAAUAAAUUAUAUUAAAACCAA